ACCCCUGCAUUUCGUGGACUGAAUGGAUCUUCACGCGUACAGUGUAUGGACUCAGUCACGGGAAGCUUCAUUGAGCCUGCUCAGAUAUUUACCACAUGUAAAAAUGAUUCAACUGCAAUUAAGGAUUGCGCCGAAGAGCUGAUUAACGAGUGUUGCACGUGCCGACAAAUUUGGUACCGGAUUGUCAUCGACGUGGCAGUGAUACUCGGGGUUUUAUUUCUCAUCAUUCUCAUCUUCCUGGUCGUACGCUUUUGCAGAAACCGACAAAGAGGUAUGUUCGAUGACUGGCAACCUCGCUCUUCAGGGCAAACAAGACAAGUGGAGUCUGGUUCAUCAAGGUCCGGUGAUGAUCGUCUACACCGGAACCACAGCUAUCGCAACCUCUCAGGUUCUAGUACCCUGGAUCGUGGCUUGGAAUCUGUUGAACAGGCAUCUGCUGUCAUGGCUGCUUCGGGAGUUACAGCCAUGGUUCGCUCGCUUAAUGAUGACAGCGGGAAUCGAUACGGCUCGUUACCAGCUCCUGCGAAAGGUGCAUCAGCUAGGGGUCCUAGUGCUACUGCUGUCAAUACCAACCUGGUGAAACCUACCACAGGGACGAGUCCUGCAGAAAUGCUAAACAAGGGUAACUCUAGUGACGGAGAGUACUAUGACCCAGAUUCCCUCCAAACACCUGACCAACAGGGAAACCCACCAGCGCCUCCAGAUUCCAAGAGCAAGCCCAAACACAACUCGAAGACGUGUCAGAAGGAACCUGCUGAGGAUACUGCUAAGGAGGAAGAUAAUGUCCUGGACAAGUCAAAGAGGAGGUCUUUGUUCAACAUCAUGUCCAAAGGUUCUAGAAUGCCUAGUUCCCCAAGGCCUUCGAAAGAUGAGGACGAUUUCCCAAAAGAUCCUGAAUCAAUUAUGGACAGACACAGGGAUUGCCGAUACGGGAAGAAAAAUAGAAAGAAAUCCGAAACGACCGACAGGCGAAGAAGUUGCAGUGUUUCAAAGGACGAAGAAGUCUUCGAGGAUCCCAAGUCCUACACAUUGCCAAAUGAUAUAUAUGCGAUUCCAAACAAGCCUGCAUUUAGAAAUAAGCAACCGAAGAAGAUGUCCGAUUCAACCAAAGGAGCCAAAUCCGGCGACGUUGAACCCCAGGAAGGGUAUAGUCGACUGAGUAGACUCUUCAAACCUCGGGCAUUCGGGAAGGGCAAGUCGAAGCAAGGGGAUGAUACGACAUCACCGGAGGAGUACUCAGAUUACAACAAGCUGGGUGGCCAUGAAGAUCCUGACGUUCCUGUCACCGUAGACAAAGCUGAAAGCGACUGCAAACCUUUCGAAGGCAUGUACGCAUUGGUGGAUGAUAAUGGGUACGCAGUGGUGGGAGAAGGAAUGACUGCAGCCUCUCAAAGCGGUGAUUACGAGAUGAUCGCACAUGGUCAGAUGAAAUGAGAGCGCAAGAGUGUUAUAGUUGUUUUUACUUGGGGGCGCCCUUGCAUAGUACCAGUGUAAUUGAUUACUGUGGCAUUGUUUAUUGAUGACUCUGAUAUAUACAUUUAUUGCCCACAAUUGGUCAAUUGGGCUAAUGAUAUUUACAACACAAAUUAUGCCUACAAUUCAUCAUGAAAUAGUCUUUAUAUCUCAUUAUCCUAGCUCCACUCAAAGAUCUUAUGUUGUUUCACUCGCACUAAAUCUACUGUACCUUUUUUAGGAUAAGGUACACAUAGCUGCACUGGACCUUAAGGUAUAUAUAUAUACCAGUUUUGGAAACGCCCC